UCUCUCGAAAUGUUCUGAAGUAUUUCUCUCUCUCCUUUCCAUUCCGGCAAGGUUCGAAAUUUCCGGCGCCGGUGGCCAGGAUGAAGACGUUGAUGUUGAUGGUAUGACUCUCUCUGUUAAUAUACAAAUACAAAUGCUAGAUCUACUCAUCCUACCUCACGUUCGAUCCAAGACCUGGUUCCACAAGAGGAAAAAACCCACCUUUUCCCCCUAAUUCAUCCCUCUUAGAUUCUCAAUUCCACUUUCUAUUAUUGUAAUAUAUGUGAUUCUUUAAUUGUACUUGCAAAUUGUACAGUUCCUAUAUUGGAUAAUUGUUUCUUCGUUUUUUUGAGAAAAAUUUCCACUUUCCUUUUCUCUUUUAAGUUUGUACAGUUAGGGUUCUAGCCUUCUAGGUCGUAGUAGAUGGUCUGGAUCCGGAAAAAAUCUUAUUGAAAAAAUCGGGUUUUGGUUUAGGGUUUUUUCUGGGUUUGUGGCGAAUUGAAUUGGGUCGGUUUAAGAAAGUGGCGAAGAUGAACUUGGGUGCUGCCAAGGAAGAAUCGACACCAGAGGUUCAUGUCCCAGCCGAUAUUGAUUGGCAGAAGCUCGAUAAAUCCAAGUUCUUCUUCCUCGGCGCAGCACUUUUCUCUGGGGUUUCAGCAGCACUGUACCCCGUUGUGGUAUUGAAAACGAGGCAGCAAGUUGCUCAGUCCCAAGUUCCUUGCAUCAAGACUGCAUUUUCAGUGAUUAGCCAUGAGGGUUUUCGAGCAUUGUAUAGAGGGUUUGGUACCUCUUUGAUGGGAACAAUCCCUGCUAGAGCCAUGUACAUGGCUGCUUUAGAGAUCACUAAGAGUAAUGUAGGCACUGCCACUGUUAGGUUUGGGAUAGCUGAGCCGACUGCAGCCACGGUCGCCAAUGCAGUGGCCGGACUGAGUGCAGCCAUGGCAGCUCAGCUUGUGUGGACCCCGGUCGACGUAGUGAGCCAGAGGCUAAUGGUUCAAGGUGGUUCCAAUGCAAGACAAUAUGCCAAUGGGAUUGAUGCAUUCAGGAAGAUUCUCAGAACAGAUGGUCCUAGAGGGUUGUACAGAGGUUUUGGGAUAUCAAUUUUGACAUAUGCACCUUCAAAUGCUGUUUGGUGGGCUUCAUAUUCUGUUGCACAGAGAAUGGUUUGGGGUGGUGUUGGAUACUACUUGUGCAGCAAUAAGAAGGAUGAUGGUGAGACAACAAACGAACUGAGGCCGGAUUCGAAGACAGUAAUGGCAGUUCAGGGAGUCAGUGCAGCAUUGGCUGGUGGCAUGUCCGCAUUAAUCACCAUGCCAUUGGAUACAAUUAAGACAAGGCUGCAGGUCUUGGAUGGUGAUGAGAAUGGGAAUGGGCGUAGAGUACCAACGGUUGUUCAGACAGUGAGGAAUUUAGUUAAGGAAGGUGGUUGGAUGGCAUGUUACAGAGGUUUGGGACCAAGAUGGGCUUCAAUGUCUUUGUCUGCAACAACAAUGAUCACUACUUAUGAGUUCCUUAAACGACUUUCUACAAAGAAUCAGGAUGUUUUGACAUGAUGACCAUGGAGAUAGGAUUAUAACAACAACAACAACAACAAAAAGAAGAGAAAAGAAAACAAAGAAAAAGGAGGAAGAAGUUUUAUCCUCUCUUAGUUUCUUUUGUCUAAACUAUGCCACUUGUUUUCUUUCAACCCUUUUCUUCACUUAUGCCGCAUGGCUGCUUGAUCAAUCCAAGCAUUUUAGUUGUAGGGCAUCUUAUAUAUAUAUAUAUUGAAAAUAAAAAAUUUUCUUCCAAGUUCUAACACAACUGCAUUUUGAUGUAAUGUACAUGCAUCUGAAAAUUUCACUCUGUUUGUUAUAACUUCUGGGU